AUGUCGGUAACAACCAUAGCAACCAUAGCUUCCUUCGGAGGCAAGCUGUUGAAGCUUUCUCACAAUGCCUCCACCACCGGGUGCGAGAUGAAAUUCAAUCUCUACCUCCCUCCGCAAGCCACAAUCAACGCCCUUCAUAAAGUGCCCUUGCUGAUCUGGCUGUCCGGCCUCACCUGUACUGCCGACAAUUGCUCGGAAAAAGGGUUCUUCCAACAUGGAGCCAGCGCCAAAGGGAUUGCAAUCUUGUAUCCCGAUACCAGUCCGCGAGGUGUGGGAAUACAGGGUGAAGACGAAUCCUGGGAUUUUGGCACCGGUGCCGGCUUCUACGUCGAUGCCACGGCGUCUCCAUGGUCCAACAACUACAAAAUGUACUCCUACAUUACCGAAGAACUUCCCAAGACCGUCUUCGCUGCCUUUGACCAGAUCGAUUCGAGCAGAGUCAGCAUCAGUGGUCACAGUAUGGGCGGACACGGCGCGCUCUCAUUAUACCUAAAGAAUCCUGGCAAAUACAAGAGUGUCAGCGCGUUUGCUCCUAUUGCUAAUCCCCUGAAAUGCCCCUGGGGAGAAAAGGCUUUCAAGGGAUACUUUGGCGACGACUGGCAGAAGACCGGUGCCCAACAUGAUUCAACAGAGCUACUGAAACAGUGGAAGGGUGGGGAUCUCGACAUCCUUAUCGAUGUCGGUACCGGUGACAACUUCUACAAGCAAGGGCAACUUCUCCCUGAAAAUUUCAUCGCAGCUGCAAAGGACAUUGGCCAAGAGAAGGGGGUCAACGUCAGAUUCCAGCCGGAAUAUGACCAUAGCUACUAUACCAUGGCAUCUUUCAGCGAUGACCAUAUCAGUCACGCUGCAAAGUACUUGUUUGCAUAG